GUUUACAAGAACUGCCAACAUUUUGCUACAACAAAAACAUCAAAAUAAGAGGUUUUUGGUUCUCCGAUUUUUAAUACAAAAAGAUUUGACCAGCAGCGAUGGCUCCAGUCAGUGAUGUGAUGGGGGACGGCACCAAAGACGAUGAGAUCUCUCAAGAAGAAAUUGAUGAUUUCCUUGCAGCAUCGUCAGACUCUGAUGAGGAAGAUCAAAGUGAUGCUGGGAUAACUGUGACCUGUGCGGACAGCACAACCUGCUUGUUCGACUCUGUCGAUGGCGACCCACACACGCUGCAACGCCCCACUGCUAACCAUGGCCCAGCAACCGCCACGAAAGAUGCAGUCAGUCAAGAAGACAUUGAUGCAUUCCUGGCUGACGAUUCGGACUCGGAUUCUGAAUUCACAGGUGUUACGAAUAAUCGGGGAAACACCAACGAAAAAGAACGAAGUGAAACUGGUUCUCCCAAUUCUGGCCGUGAUGCGAUAAGUCAGGAUGACAUUGAUGACUUUUUAGCAGAUUGCACCGACACUGAGGACGAUGUGCCAAACAUGGAUGUGGUGAAACCUUCAGGUGGACAAGGAGCAGCCAGCGCGGAAAUAGCUGUGGGUCAGGGAGCGAGGACCGAUAAACUAGAGGCCACAUCAACAGGGACUUCAGCCCCUGCAGCGGCUGGAAGUUCUGUGGACCCGGUGGAGGAAUCUUUAGAAGAGAAGAUGAUCCGGAUGCAAGUGGAGAUGGACCGUAUGAAGAAACUGUUGGAUAAACAGCAGCAGGAAAAACUACAGACCCAGGAAAAAUCGCCGGCCACGAAGAAGAGAGUCUCCUUUGGUCAAGUGGAAACAAAGAGACUGAGAGAAGCGGAAACUGACCUGUUCUCAUCACCAUCAGAAUCUAAAACGUCCAAAGAUUCGAAUCAGUCGACAAAAAAUCGUCAAUCGAAAGAACCGUCACCGGAAUGUUCUGGGAUGGCAGCGGGUCAUAGGAAGAUAAAUGCCAAGGGAAUCACGAAAGAAGAUGCAUCAAAGAUUGUCGGCCCGUUGACUUUUUAUAAGAAGGAGGAGGUACGACCUGCUGAUGAUAGCGGGAGCGAUUGGGAUGAUAUGGACGGUGAGAAACCCUACCUGAGUAAGGAGGGCCGAGAUAUCAAGAAGAUGCUGAGUGGAGACCGUCGGAGGGUUGCUCAUACCCCAAAAUAUGAAUCAGGGGAAAUCAGAAAACGCAAAGACACAUGGAUGGGUAAAUCAAGCUCCGCAUCUCACCAGCCACCUGUUAGAGGUGAAAGCAGCCAGGGAGCCAAGACAGCCAAGAAGGAAUUUGAAGAUUCGGAUUACAUGAAGGAGAGGUAUUCCGGGAUAAGAAUCAUAAAUCCGUUAAUAUCAAAUGCUGUGAUGAAGAUGCGCAUGGAGAAGAGGAGGAUGAUUAAGAUGUCCGAACUUUCGCUGACGUCGAAAAACUAUCUGAACGACUGUGAUUGGGUUACGAUUGGCGUGCUGGUGUCCAAGUCGGACACGAGAAAAUCAUCAAAUGUUAGUAAGGUCACUGCAAUCGAUGCGCGCUUAACGCAGAUGCUUCAAAACCCAUUUUUGUCGAGCACUGCCCGGUGCUGGGCAGUGGCUAGUAGUGCUGUGGUGUCAUCUAUCUGGGUGGUCAUUUAA